AUGCAUGUGGUUCACGGUGAAGCCGUUCAAGAUUUCAUGGCUUCAUCUACGCCAGGUAUAGAUCUCACCGAAGAAUUGUCGACCAGCCCGCGAUUCAAUGACCCGGAUUCAUCCUCAUCUGGUGACCAGGUCAUUUCAACUGAUCCAUUCACAGCAUCCGAUUACCCCUCAGGCAUGCUAUCAGCGCCAUGCGCAGACUACUUCUCCUUUGGACCGGACUGGGACAUUGGGACGCUGGACUACUCUUUUAUCCAGGCCCAAUUCGAGUUGGGCGACGCCAAUAUGAUAACUGGUGAUGUCUCGGACAGUUGCCAAGACAGUCUAGUUUCUCUGGUCUCUGAAAGCCAGAUUUUCGAGAAGUCUCAAUUCAGCAAAGAGGUCGGAGCAGCUAUCUCUGCACCGCCCAAUUCCUCAAGGAUCCUUGAUUACUUCGGUUUCGAUUUCAGUCGCGCCAAGGCUACGCCGGCAGAAAGUCUGGUCUACAACAAUGACGCCGAAAACUUGGGAGACAAGACGAUACUUUCUCUCUUAGAUUAUAAGUCCAAGUACGGAUUUGCUUGGCACUUCUUCCAUCGUGUCGAUCUCCAUGAUGAGCUCAGGAAGCUUGCAACUGAGCCAACUCCUUCACGUAAGGGGUUUGCUCGCCUUCAUCUCGCUACACCCGUUUCAAGUGUCGAUCUGGAUGGAACUAUUCAUUUCCCAGAUGGGACGACAGUCAAGAAGGAUCUUGUGGUCGCAGCCGAUGGCGUCCGUUCCUCCUUUAUAUCUACGGUGUUGGGCGAAGAGAUACCGUCUCAGCACUUCAUGACAAUGACUCGGUUGCUGCUGCCUACGGAACAGAUGGCCAACGAUGCCGAUACCAACGCCUUUUUCAAGGGCGGAUACAACUCUAUCAGAGUCCUCAGAGUUGACGACGGCAGCCUUGUGACGUAUGGCUGCAGAAAUGGCGCGCUGCAGAACAUUGCAUUCAUGUAUCCAGCAGAGCAUCUUGAGGACGCUGCAGUCAACAACGGGCCAAAGACUGAUGCUCAUCCUGGAGGCUUCCUGAAAAAGUAUCCUGCUUUCAUCCAGUCUCUCGCAUCCAAGGCCAGUGGUAUAGGAGAAUGGAGGCUACUAACGAGAAAGCCUCUUGACAGAUUUGCCCGAGGUCGACUCGCGGUCAUUGGUGAUGCAGCUCAUCCGAUGCCUCCCUUACGUGCGCAAGGGGCAUCCAUGGCCAUUGAGGACGCCGCCGCUCUCGGUGUGUUUCUGUCGAGGUUGACAACCUUGGAAGAUAUCCCGACGCGAUUGGAAAUGUUCAAUGACCUACGAGUCAAACGAGCCGCUACUGUGCAGCUCAUGUCAUCUCAACACAAAUGGGACCCGAGGAAGAUCCCGGCAGAAUACGUCCACUACUUUGGCGAAGACAUCCCACAAAAUGAUGUGGACUUGGAGAGAUGCAGUUGCGACCACAACGUCAUACAGGAGGCGUUUAGGAUGUUGCAAAAGGAAGAUGAGGGAAAGUUGUCACCGGCUUGGGAUGCACAGAAGGCAGAGAAUGCCACCAUGGCUCUUCUUUGA